UUUUUUUACACACACGUUAUACGCAACACCUUUCUCGGAAACACAACCGAGGUCAUUGUGUUACAAAGGAAGGCUGCAACGGAUGAGGAAUGGGAAUAUGAGGCAUUUAAUUCGUCCUGACUUGUAUUCCCAUUUCCGCUCCUGCGCAACAACAACAACAACAGCAGCAGUAACAACAGCCAGACUCUCUUGGCAUUUCAAAGAGAGCCACGGGCACGCACACAUAUAAAAGGGACACGGUGCUAACAAGUAAACUUUGUAUUUCCCACCUCUUUGAUUUUCUUCUUCUAAACUUUAACACAUAAUAAUAACAAUAAUGCCUUGUGGACGUUUGACAGUGAAUGCAGUCGCUAUGCGUGGUUUGGACGAGGCCGGCUUUGGAGAGUGCCCAACUUUUCUCGGCUGUUACGUUGUCCCUCAGGAAAAGCACCGAACACGCACUGCUAGUGGCCCUGAGCCCCAGUGGAACCAUCCUUUGUACUGUGAUGUUCCUGAAGGCUGGAAUAACUUGCAAAUCGAAGUUGUGAGCGAAGACCCAGAACGUGCCGGUGUUAUUGGCGGUGCCCGCGUCAAUUUGAACCAAGUGUUUGCCGAAGGCCGUUGCGAAGACUGGGUUUCUGUUAUGGGUCGCGAGUUUGAAUCUAUCGGCCAGGCAUUGCUUGUUCUUGAAUUCCAGAGCUUUGGUGAAGGCGAAGGCAGUGCUGGUGCUGCACCCUAUAGUGAUGAGAAGCCGAUGCCCGCACCACCUGCAGAGCGCAGCGUUGAGGAAGAAGAACAAGAAGAAAAGAAGGUGCCUGACUGGGUUAAAUAUGGUGCUAUGGCCGUUGGUGGUAUUGCUGCUGUCGGAUUGGCUGCCUGGGGCGCACAUGAGCUCAAGGAGCACUUUGAAGAGAAGGCCGCCGCGGAAGAAGAAGCUGCUGCUCUUGAAGUCGGAGAAGGAGAAGCUAAAGAGGAUGAUGUAAAAGAAAAGCUAGCCGUUUAUACAGUGUGA